GUGGCCAUAAUUCACCAUUGCCGUUCUUGCAUCAAUUUCGAACCACUCUCAUGCGCCAUAGGCCAGUUCUCGUAACAUACACGUAGAAUAAGGGCAAAUGAGCGGGAUGUCGCGCGUCUUCCUGUGCACAGUGCUGUGUCUCCUGCUGCCGGACUGCUGCCACUUACUGGCAGCGCGUGCCGACAGCAACGCUUCAAAGGCAGUCCAGGAAUUUCUGCCCGCGCGUCCGGGCAGCCCGCCAGGCAAGCUUCAUCCGACGCGCAUUCGCGGUCUGCGUGACGAUGGGGCAGACGACGAGAAACAUGGAGACUACUCGAAGGCGGGGAGACACGUAGGGGGCGAGAAUCACGCAGACGAGAAAGCGGCGGGUAGAAGGCGGGUGGCAAGAGAGGCUCGAGGAAGAAGGCGGGGCGUAGCAGACACUAUCGGCGCUUCAUUAGGCGCUCGAUUAGCGGAUCUAAAGCCUUUCAGGAAAGCCCCCGUGGCACGGCAACGCGCGCCAGCAGCAGCAGGAGCAGCAGAGUUAGUAUCAACGGCAGCCAAUGGCGGCCCGCCAUUUGGCAUUUCGCCGCACUGGUGCACGGACGGGCGGUGCGGCGUGCUGCACAAACCGAUCCGCGUGUUCGUGCUGUGGUACGGCGCGUUCUCCGACGCCCAGAAGCGCACCGUUCGCUCCUUCGUCGCGUCGCUCAGCCCCAACGCGGAGACCGCCGUCACCGUGUCCCUGUGGUGGAACGUGAACCGGCUGUACCACGACGAGGCGCGGCGCAGGGUGACGGACGCCGUCACGUGGGGCGGCGAGACGGACGACGCGGGAUACUCCCGAGGGACCACGCUCUACGACGCUGACGUCACCGCGCUAAUCGCCGACGCCAUCACGAGCGGGCGGCUGCCUUAUGACGGGGAUGCAGUGUACUUCGUGCUGUCAGACGCGAGUGUGGAGCAGGCGGGCAGCGAGAGCCCUCAGGCAGACCGCUUCUGCGUGGGCUUCUGCGGGUGGCACUUCUUUGGGUCCGCGCCUGGGCUCGGCACGUUCAUAACUGCGUGGGCGGGCAAGGCUGAUCAACAGUGCCCCACAGCGUGCAUAGCGGCGGGCAUCAGAGACAACCCUGCUGCUGCCCCCACGGGCGACCCCGGCAUGGACGGGCUGCUGUCCGUCUUCGCCCACGAGCUCGCAGAGGCCGCCUCCAGCCCCUUUGUGUCCACGUGGUUCGACGGAGGCGGCGAGGAGAACGCCGACAAGUGCUCGUGGAUGUUCUCUCCCAUUCUCACGGACCCUUCAGGAGCCAGGUACAACCUGGUGGGGGUCAACGGCUCCAAGUUCCUCAUCCAGCAGAACUGGGACCUCACCUCUGGCGCCUGCCAGCUCGCCCUCCCGUACCCACAGCUCCCCUCCUCUCCUCCACCUGCUGCCCCUCGUUUCCUGCGCCCGCUGCCUGCCUCCCCUCCCCCUGCCGCGCUGAAGCAAGCGGCUAAGGGCUUCGCUUCCAAGAUGAAAGCACUGCUGAAAGGCAGAGGUAGAAAGGAAAGGAAGAGGCCUCCACGGCCCCCUGUGGUGAGAGUCCAGAGCACAGGUAAAUGCACUUAGGCAAUGGCAGCAGCAAGGAGUCACAAAUUCUUGUGGUGGUACCUACACCUGGUGUACACCUCAUGCAUCACACCCUCUUUUCUGAUGCACGUUUGUCUUGUCCGUGAGGCACUAACAACACACUAAUGUCGCACCCAGUCGUAGUAUAAACUUGUG